AAAACCAACCAACCAAUUAAUCCUGGCCGUAUUGACUUUGAAAUUAUCAGAGAAGAAUCAUGUGUAUCUUCAGACAGGCAGACUAUGAUAGAUGUAGACAAGCUGCACCAGAACGACGAUGCCAGUUGUUCCUCGAGAUUCUGAAGAAAGAAGGAGUCGAAGGGUACAAGGCAUUGUGCGCUGCCCUUGAUACGUCACAGCCAUUUAUCAAGGCACAACUUGAUGCUACUGCAGCUGAAGAAGGUGAUGAAGAUCUCGUCUAUGUUAACGUAGACAUAAUGGAAGACCGGUAUAAAGAGGUACUUGCUGAGAAAGAUGGAGAGAUAGCCGACUUGCGCUCUUCAGUGCAGAGACAGGAACAAAAUCAACAAAAGUCCCUGGACCAGGCUGACCUGAAGGAGACAAUUAAGAAGGAUAGAGAGGAACACAGGUCACAGAUAGAAAAGCAGAAUGAGGAAGCUGAAGCCUUGAAGAUGCAGUUGUCAAACUUAAGCAAGGACUUGCAGCACACCCGAGUCAAAUGUGAGACGUUAGAAAAGUCAGUGGAGAGACUUGAGGAUCAAAAUCUACAAAAGUACCUGGACCAGGCUGAACUGGAGGAGACAAUUAAGAAGGAAAGAGAGGAACACAGGUCACAGAUGGAAAUGCAGAAUGAGGAAGCUGAAGCCUUGAAGAUGCAGUUAUCAAACUUAAACAAGGACUUGCAGAACAGUCGGGCAAGAUGUGAGACGUUAGAAAAGAGAUUACGAGACGAACAGGAGGCAUACGAUGCUCUAGUGGGUGCUCCAAGGUCACAGUCUCCAGACAGGAUGGACAAUACAGAGCAAGUCCAACAUGCAGGGCAAAUGGGUUCUGGGGAGAGAAUGUGCCAAUUUUCAACUCAGUCAUGUUGUGAUGGGAGUCAGCUUCGUCUUCUUCCAUGCCUUCAUUCUGCCUGCAAGCCAUGCCUUGAUCACCAAGCUACACAGGCGGAAGAGAAUUGCAUACACUGUCCUUCCUGUGGCCUUGACUUCACCAUGGAGAAGACAACGGUAGAUCAUGUCAGGCGCAAUGAAGCUGCCUAUAAAGUCAACGUUGAUGGUGAGAUGAAAUGCAGCUACAUCGAUGAGGAUCAUGAUGCAAAGGCAGUGGUGUACUGUCACGAAUGUGAUGACAAGCUCUGCUCCGACUGCCAUAAACACCACGACACGCCGAAACGGAAUCGAAAUCACAGAGUGACUGAGAUUGACCAGUCAACGAAUAUCCCUAAGAGGCAGUGGCUGAAGGAGGCUAGUUGCAGAGACCACCCUGACAACAAACUGCAGCUGUAUGACCACACAUGUAAGAAGACAGUCUGUCUUAUAUGUGUGCAUGGGGCCCACAAAGAUCACAAGAAUGAAGACCUGUAUCAGGCCUAUGACGUAGCGAAGGGUCAGCUGGAGGAACAAGUGAAGAAACAGCAACUUAAAUUGGAAGAUGUCACUGGCAGGAUGAAAACUGUCACAAGCCACCAAACUGAACUGCGAACUACACAGAGAAGACUGGAACAAGUUGCGACUAAAGUUUGCAAAGGUGUUGCUGCAAAGCUGCUUCAUCGACAGAGACAACUCAUCGAGGAAAUUCAAGUGAGUCUACAGUCCCCAUACAGAAUGGUAUGA